AUGGCAACCACCUUCGGCCCCGAACGGCUAACCCGGCCAUCCGCUGGCCCAGCUUUCGACAACCCCGCGGAUCGAUUUGCUCUCCCGAUGGAUCCUCUGGCUGCGUCUCCGUCACUUGACCCCCAGUCUCGUGCCGAUCCUCCACCAAAUCCUCCAUUCGUCUUCCCGGCUCAGCCUCCCGCCUCGGCACCAUCCUCCUUCUCGCGAGCCACAGGUCGCCGGCCCAUGUCUGCUAUUGAGACACCUAACUUCAGCUUUGGGUUCUCCGCUGAAAAUGCGGAGAGGCAGAAUCGAUCUGCGCUGCCAGACUUCAGCUUCAACCCAGGUGCUCUUCUCCCUCCAGAUCCCCAGACACCCUGCCUUUUGACUCCUCCGUUGUCUCCUCGGAAUAUUGCAUCAUCACAACGGCCUGGUGGCCAUGGACAUCGAAGAGGCGGCAGUGAGUUUGUUGGUGGCCGUCUUCGUGAGGGUAAUUCCAUUGCUGUCAUGAGCACAAGCCCAACCAAAUCAGAGAGUGGGUUUAUGACGCCUACUUUCAAUCCCCCGAGAAGAGGACACCGAAGAGGUAUCUCGGGUGCUAUUUCGACUAACGAUUUGCCCAUUCUACAACCACCUGUGUUUGAUGCCUCUGGUCGAGGAAGCAGUGCACCAACUAGCCCAACUGGCUACAUCCAGCCCGAGAACAGUGUUUCCGCUCAGCUCGAUGAACCGAUCCAGCUCGAACCCCAGGCUGCCCCAACGGAGCAACGGGAUGACGCCAAACAACCUGCCUCGGCAAACUGUUCGCCCGAAGGAAGUCCGAAGCAGAGCAAGGCAGUACCGAAAGCGCGAGUCGGAUUCUCGGAUACACUGGAGUUUAUCCCUAGACCGCUAUCCCUGGUCUCUAAUGAAACGUCCAGCACGGUAACAGCACGACCUGGACAUUCAGUUUCGGGCAGCAUUUCUUCAAUCGUCUCUGCCGCGUCCCCAAGUGGUAGAGAUAGCCCGGUGCCACUCUCUCGAACAUCAACACGUGAGCUUACAGAUUCGAGACCGAGCACGGCCGGCGCUAUUCUCGAACGCACCCAGGAUAUUUCCAAUACCACAUCUUCACCAAAGCGCCGGAACUCGAUCCCAACACUACUUCACCUCGCCGAAGCGUCCAAGGCUGGAGAACCUGAGCCCAGCCCGACAAAGGUUGCCAAGCGGUGGUCGUUUUUCGCCUCAACCACAGGCUCUUCUCCCACCAAGACACGGCCACACAGUUCCAGCUCAUCAGAUUCCUUGCCAAAGGCAGCUUCUGGAUCCGAACACGGCUCCGAUGCUGCUGGUGAAAGUCUUGACACGGCACCUGCCAAACAGAAAAAGAGCAAGAAGGGCAAGAAAAAGAAGAAGAAGGUUAAGGGCUGGGCUGGUGCAAUUCUACCCCGGAAGCCCAAGAGCCACACCAAGCGUUCCAAGUCGGAUGAAGUUCGUCCUCCUACACCACCAGCCUCGAGUGUUUCACGAGACGAUGACGAUGGUGAGAUGUAUGGGGAGCCCGAAUUGCUUACGCCAUCUAUUCCAUCCUUCACUGUCACCGAGUCUCCCAACCUUCCAGCGGAAAAUGAACUGCCCAGGCCCUCAGACGAGACAACGUAUCCCAUGAUUGAUCUUGACGCAGCUCUUGGACCAUUUAAUACACCACUGCCGUUGAACCCAGAAUGGGAGGCGGCGCAGCGAGCCGCUGGCAACACCACCAACAAGCGAAGACUUCAUAGCGCUCAGGGUAUGAAGGGAUUCACUGGCCCUGGCAUGCACUACCACCGACGUGCGGAAUCUGCUCCCGAUCUGCCUCCUUUUGACCCUGGUAGGGCUGGUAUGCACCGCUACAACAGCAGCUCGACGAUGGCCGAUGUCUUUGAGGAAGAUGAAGAAGACGAAACUGGAAACGACGAGUCAAAGACACCAGAUGAAUCCUCUGAAGAGGAGUUCGAGUCAGACAGUGACGCAACUCCCCCGGCUGGUGUCACUAAGGACCCAUUGCUCGAUGUUCAAGAUAAGCUUUCGACUCACAGCUCAGCACAGAGCAUGAGGCGGACUAGCUCUAGCUUGAGCGACAAGGAUCAGAUCACAGCUGGCUCAGUCCGUGCCGAGCGCUCCAAGUCAUCUCUACAUGACAGCGUCAUUGUUGAGGAGGAGCUGCCAAGUGUCAUCUUCCGGUCACCCUUCGCGUUUCCCGAACGGAAUGAUAACGCGGACUCAGCUCCCGCUUCGCUCAGGAGGGCCUCGGGCAACAACGAUCUUGCUCCUGUCGAUAUUGGCCCCAUCCAUCUCCCUACACCUACCAACGUCCCCAACAGCCCAUAUGCCAUGAGCCAUUCGUCCUCAUUCCCGUCCCCCAGGUCGCCCAUGUCGGUUGAAGUGCAGCGCAUCUCGACGGCUCCUUCAUCAGUUGCAGAUGAGAACAAUUUCCAAUCCUUGUUGCUCAUGGGCGAGCCUGGCCCCGAGGUGCGAAUUUCUGUGGACUACGACAUUCCAUCACUUACCUCGAGCAACUCAACGAUGACGCGGGAGAGCAUGUUCCUCCCUAGCCAGCGCAUGUCUCAGCCGAUUCUCCGUGAGCCACGCCCUGUCUCGGUGUCAUCUGCCGCCUUCGGCCGCCGUCGAUCCAGCCUCGCCAGUCUGAGCCGUCUCAUUAGCAGCUCGCAUGGUGAACGCAGCAAACUGUCGAUGGAAGUGACACUUGACAAUGAGUCGACGCACAAGAAAUCCAAGAGCAGCCGAACGAAGCGACUCAGCCGGAUGAUGCAAUUCUGGAAACCCACGGCCAAAGAGGGCUCAUCCAAGCAGUAA